AUGGUGUUUCAUGUCACUCCUUUUGGUCCUAGCUGUUGUGAGCUUCAGUAUACACAUCCUCACAUCAUCAAGGAAGAAGCUGACGCGGGUGAUGCUGAUGACAAUGAGAUUAGAGGAACAGGGGCAAUGUCUUCGUUCUCAUUCGACUACUGUUUUUUGGCUGAGUAUCUUCUUAAGCGAGCUACGAGUUCUACUGCUUUGAACAAACAAUGCCAAGAGAUGAUACUAGUGAACAAAGAGGGAAAUUCAUGGACUGCGAGUUUGCGAUUUAGCGAAUCAGGCGGCAUGUAUUACAUCACACGAGGCUGGGGAAAGUUAUGUCGUGAUAACAGAUGCGGCAUAGGAGACUUAUUUGUGUUCAAUCUGGUUGGAGAUGGGAAAACUACUCCAUUGUUGUGUGUAUGUCCGGAAAGUAAAGAGUGUUCUGAACUACUCAGCAAACACUUGAGCAGAAAGCGUGGUGACAUUGCUUCAAGCUCACGGGUGAAUUAG